ACCGCUUCCAGGCGUCCCGCUCGGUGGCUUCGGCAGUUAUUGUGGCUGAGAGCUCCAGCCCACUUCACGGGCGAUAAGUAAGCUGGAGCUGUGUCGAUGGUGACGGAGAUAACAAUUCAAGUUGACAACUGGAUAGUGCAGAAAGAGACAAUACUGUGCUUUCUUCACAAUGAUAUGCAUGCCAGCAUUCUCUACGAUCACAGCGGGAUAGAUGUUACUCAAGCCAGUGGACCUGACCACUGCACUCCGCCCGUCACUGUUACCAGAUGAGACUCUGCUCUUCGUUCAGGAUGCGGUGGGGUUGUAUGAAGGGAAAUACAAGAUCCCCAACUACCAAAACGGUCAUGCGUACCUGACUUCCUACCGAGUAUGCUAUGUUUCAGCAGAUGAGCCACGGAAGUAUUCCGUUAGUUUCGACCUCAAGGAUAUAGAUCGAGUGGAAUAUCAGGCAGGGUUUCUUAAGUCGUCUGCGAAGAUAACCGUCUAUCCCAAACCUCCGAGACGUGGACUGGGAUCAUCACCGGCCAGGGAUGGAGUUUUAUCAGCAGGCAACCCCUCUGGUUCCUCAAAUGGCCCAUCGAGCUCCCCGGUUCCCCGGAGAUCCAGUCCGUUUGCUUCCCCGGUGGCAUCCCCCAACCCCAAUCCGAUAAGCGCAACUUGGAUUUGUCCUAUAUGCUCCUUCUCCAACCCGGUUCCGUCGAACUUCGAUCCAGCAAUUGCUAAUCCGUCGUCGGAUUUGCCGCCUUGUCUGGCAUGUGGUAUAAAGCCACCUUUUACAACGGUGCUGAAAGCUGCGAUUGCCGCAGCUGCGAAUCGAGGCGCCAAUAACCCGUCGCAGCCUGAUGUGUCUGGCAGCCAAGAUCAGUCUCAAGCAGGAGGCGCUGAACCGGCUACUGGUCUCUCAUCGCCAACACCUUCGCAAUCCGUGGCGUGUCCACGAUGUACUUUUGUCAAUCAUCCAUCUAUCAUUGAAUGCGAAAUGUGUGGAGCCUCGUUGGUUGCAGCGGGUGCUCUGCGUCUGAGGACCGACGAUCUUCGUCGUGCAGAAUCACCAGCGCCUCUCUUUGCACAGUCAAGCAUCAUCAACACUGAGAUCACGGACUGUGUCAAGCUUUCGUUUCGUGGGGGAGGAGAGAAGAUCUUUCAUGAAAGACUAAAGGGAGCUUUAGUGCAGAGGAAAUGGCUUCUACAGAGUGCUCCGCCGGUCCCGCAGCCUUCGCAAUCGUCAGCACCUCAGUCCUUCAGUGCGGUCAAUGCUGGCACUCGUCAGCACACGGAUCUUCGAUCGACAGGAGUCGGCAUUGCCGGACUCGAACGACGAGGUGCUGAGUUGCGGAGGAAGAAUGAAUUUGUCAUUGGAAAUGCAUUUGAGGACUUGGAAGCGCUCAUGGCGUCUGCCAAAGAAGUAAUCGCUCUUGCUGAGACUUUUUCUCGGGAAAAUCGUCUGUCGAACGGUGAUUCUACUGAAGCUAGCGCGUUACUUUCACAAUCGGCUGAUGCGCUCGGUAUGAUCACUACAAAGGACAUGCUUAGUUCCGGCUCUGAGAACCUGUAUCUCUCGGAGCUUUCCCGGAAUUUGGCCGAGUAUCUUACUGAUGACCGGAAUGGAAUACUUCGGAAGGAAGGCGGCAUCAUGAGUCUAAUCGACCUUUGGGCCGUUUUCAACCGCAGCAGAAAUGGCGUCGAGCUGGUCAGUCCCUCUGAUUUCAAAAAGGCGGCUGAACUGUGGGAGAAACUCAAGCUCCCGAUCCGUCUGCGCAAGUUCAAGAGCGGGCUUCUUGUUGUUCAGCGGUAUGACUGGAGCGAUGAGAAGACGAUCAAGCAAAUCCAAGUGUGGAUGGAAGAGCUCAGACGCACUCCACCAAGUGAGCCUGUUGCUUGGGAUUGGCAGACGUUCGGUAGAGGAGUGACUGCACAGGAGGCCGCCCGUCGUUUCGGGUGGAGCGUUGGUGUAGCGGCUGAGGAACUGGAGAUGGCAGAGGACAGAGGUUUCCUCUGCAGAGAAGAUGGCAUUGAGGGAUCUCGGUUCUGGAGCAACCACAUUUCAAUGUCUGAUCAGGAUCCAGGGGCCCAUAUCCUUGAACAUGCUGUCUCCCGCCUGGUCGUCUGAGCACAACAGCGUUACAGCGGUAUUAUGAGCUACGAGAUUUUUCUUUUCAUGAUUACGAACAUACAACUCGAGAUAAAACAUCACAUUGAAUAUAUAUGACCUACUAAAGGAAUCAAUAAUACCUUGUUUUCUAUGAGAACAGUCCAUAUACGUACUGUACUUUUGUCUCGGCG